UUGAGUUGUGUGUGAGUGUGAUGUUACAGCCUCGGCUUCUCUAGGGGUUCUCACAUUCUAUCUUAAAUUAUUUUACUUAAUUUAAACUUGAACAUUUAAACUAGGCAUAGAAAAUUGCUGUCAUGCAGUCUUUCGACAUGGAGGCCUUGCUGCAUCUCGUUGAAGCACCGCUGUAUUGGGUUGGUGCUUUUACCGCGGCCUGGGUGUCGGUGUGGCUCAUCUACCGACUGCUCUCCGGGCUUCGGAUAUGGGUGUUGGGGAACGGCCAACUGAUUUCUACAAAACUUGGGAAAUGGGCAGUUGUGACGGGAGCGACGGAUGGCAUCGGGAAAGCCUACGCGGAGGAGCUGGCUCGCCGGGGCUUUGCAAUGAUGCUUAUCAGCCGAUCUCAAGAGAAGCUGGAUGAUGUUGCCCAUUCCCUUGAAAGCCGAUUCAAAGUGGAGACAAAAACCAUUGCCGUGGAUUUUGGAUCCAUAGACAUCUAUCCCAAGAUUGAGGCCGGUCUGGCUGGGCUGGAGAUUGGCGUACUGGUGAACAACGUUGGGAUUUCUUACACGUACCCUGAGUUUUUCCUCAAUGUCCCUGACCUGGACAAUUUCAUCAACACCAUGAUCAAUGUCAACAUCACCUCCGUUUGCCAGAUGACGCGUCUGGUGUUGCCCAGGAUGGUGGAGAGGUCCAAGGGAGUGAUUCUGAACAUCUCCUCUGCUAGUGGCAUGUAUCCAGUCCCUCUCCUCACAAUUUACUCCUCCACCAAGGCUUUUGUUGACUUCUUCUCACGAGGUCUUCAUGCCGAGUACAAGAGCAAGGGAAUCAUCAUUCAGAGUGUGCUGCCUUUCUUUGUGGCCACCAAGAUGACCAAGAUCAGGAAACCCACGCUGGACAAGCCUACACCGGAGCGCUACGUGGCUGCAGAGCUGACAACUGUGGGGCUGCAGAGCCAGACUAAUGGCUACCUCCCACAUGCCAUCAUGGGCUGGGUGACCACUGUCUUGGUGCCGAUCAACCUGGUGAUCCACUUCGGCAUGCAGAUGGGCAAGGCUCAGCGGGCUGGUUACCUGAGGCGUCGGAAGCAGCGCUAGAGGUUGCUAAGGCGGAUGGGAAGAAGAG